AAGGAUUUACAUGACCUCAUAUUUUGUUAAUUAUUUGAUGUUCAUCAACUCCCUUCCUUUGAAGCCACCUCAUAGACAAAGAUUCAAAUUCAAGCAAACAAGCCACAUUACAACCUAUAAAAGCAAGCCCAUGUCUGCACACCUGUAUUCACGCUCGAAACCUUAGCUCCCCCAAAAUGACUAAUUUGGUACUCUUUGUCAUUCUUUCAUUGGUCUCCAUUUCUAGAGCUGAGGAUCGAGCUCACGGGCUCAAGAAUGAGAGUCCCAUGGCCCUCUCUCCACAAGCAUACGCAUUUUUCCACCCUCAGAACACGCAACCGCCGAGCUCGAACCCCCCGUGUCAUUCAUCAGAUUGCUCGUCACUGGUUGUGUCUGCAACGGUGAAAUCUACUCCGGCGCAUGAAAGCGUAGCAUCAGGAGGGAAUCGAUUAGAAACCAGUUGUCUUGCUGGGAUUCCAUUCAGUUUUUGGUUCACAAGUCUCGUAAUUUUACUAUGUUGUGGACAUCCUAACUUGCACCGAGCUAAUCCUGAGCAGCCAGAGGCAUGGAAUGUCUGUAGUAACUAAUCAUCUUCUUGCUCACUUUAUUUGGUUUGAAUUAUUAGAUUGUAUUUAUGGAAUUAAUCAUCCAUCUACUUUUGGUCCAUUCAAUUAUGACACUAUAGCAGUGGGAACACUGUCAUUAUAUAAUGUAAAUUUAUGGAUGUUUACUUUAAAAAAGAAACAGUUUGUAGUAAUACU